AUGUAUGCCUUCAAUCAGUCAGGUCCAACUUAUGAGCAAUCUGCCACAGUUGACGCGCCCGGGUCAAGGAUGAUCAGAGCAGCCAGCACUCUAUACUUUGCCUAUGGGAGCAACUUGCACCUUGCGCAAAUGGCCCAUCGCUGUCCCGGAAGCGUUUUCAGAGGAAAGGCCACUCUUGAGUCUUAUCGCUGGCAGAUCAAUGAGCGCGGAGUGGCCAACGUCGUUGAAUCUGGAAGCAAUCACUCAGUCGAAGGCCUUCUCUACAUGAUAGGUCCCAAAGAUGAAAGGACCCUGGAUCGCUCCGAAGGCGUGUCAAAGGGCUUCUACCAAAAGUAUCUGAUGAGAGUUUCUUUCGAACCUCAUCAGCAAUACGCGAACUUCAAGACCGGUAGAUUAUCCCACCUACUUGAGCAGCGCCGGGACUCGAUGAGCGGCGAUGGGACUCGUUUUCCCACCAACGCCAAUCGCAAAGUGAGAUUUACCCAACCUCAAUUUCAUCCUGUGACCUACAUGGACGGCGAGGAGGGUUCAGGACGCCAUGCGCGUAAUGAGCUAGUCAAAGCAUUGGUGUACGUUAGCGAGGACUACAUUACCGAUGGCUCCAUCAGAGAGGAGUACAUCGCGAGGAUGCAAAACGCCGUCAACGAUGCAGUAUCACUGGGGGUUUCGAAAUCAUUUGUGAACAAAUACAUCGUCCCCUUUCUCGACCCCGAGCAAAUUUGGCAUUUGUGCGCGAGAAAGCCUACAGAGACCCAUGAUGGACAGCCCAGCAAGUUACUGGAACUGGAGUCUGAGCCAGAAGCUCAGGCUAUCGUUAAUGGAGAGCCAAAUAAAGAACAACUCGGCAACAUACCUUCAGCUGAGAAUAACGUGGCGGACAUUUCAGAACCGGCGGGUGAUGAAAAGUCAACUGACGUGGAUAUGAACGAAGAAUCAAACCAGGAAGCCCUAUCUAUGGAGCCUACAGUCAAGGAGGAUAACUUGUCUAGGCAUAUCGAUCUAUCGAAGCUUGGGGCAGAGAACCACGACGAAGAUGGUGGUUCCAGUGGCAUGUUCCCCAAUAAUUUGUACGAGGCUGUUGAUAAGGUGAACCAUUCGGCCAUCGAUGGCAGUGGGAAGAAUAUUUAUGUUGUCAUUGUCAAACACAAGGGUAGAGAGGCUAAUUCUGGCUUCAGCGUCGCCGCAGCAUCUAAGGGGAUUCAAGUGGCUAAUAAGCUUGCUAUGAAAGAGUUCAAAGCGCUGUGUGCACUGAACAGUAAGCCAGUGGUGGAAGAAGAAGAGCCAGAUGUCGUGGUUGUCAAGGAGGUCUCUCCAGGUGAUCUGACCUGGAAGCUGGAAGAGGACGUAUAUCUUCAUCUCAGUAGUACAAGACCUGGGGAGGAGCCUUGGUUGAUGGUAUGGGUGGAGUCAAAACAACUGAUUGGGUGCCAAUAG